ACCUGCUGCUUACGGCUGUGAUCGAAACAAGAUCUCCACGCGAGAUUCCGCAUCCACUCUUGUGCGAUACGGCACGCGGACAGAACAGAUCGGUCGAGGGAAUUCUCCACUAAACACCUGAUUAUCAGAACAUCCCGCAUCGGAUUAGCGUGGCUGCGAACGACGGAGAUGAUGGUCAUCACGUACACGAUCGCCGCGCAGGCGAUCUCGCUGUUCUGUCUGUGCACGGCGCUGCCAGUGCGGAAGCUUGAAGACAAGGAAUUCUGGUUCGCCAACGCCCGGGAAGCGUUACGCGAGACGCUCGCCUACCGGAAUAACGAGAACGUGGCGAGAAACACAGUACUGUUCAUGGGUGACGGCAUGGGCAUGUCCACGGUGACGGCCGCACGCAUCCUGAAGGGACAGAAGGCCGGUCAGCCGGGCGAGGAGGCCGUACUCGAGUUCGAGAAAUUCCCCAAUGUCGGCCUUAUUAAGACGUACAACGUGGAGAUCCAGGUGGGUGAGUCGGCAUCGGCAGCGACUGCUUACCUGUGCGGGGCGAAGACGAACAAAGACGGAAUCUGCAUGGAUGCGACGUCUGAUGACAGAUGCGACAGCAGCGCCAACUUGAUAUCUAUCCUACAACUCGCACAAGAGGCCGGUAAGUCGGUGGGCUUUGUGACUACAGACACGGUGGCCGCGGCAUCUGUGUCGCCACUGUACUCGCACGCACCGUCUGAUUCCUACAAGUAUGACGGGGCCGUGCCCACGUAUUCCGCCUGCAAGGACAUAGCAAGCCAGCUGAUAGACAACAGACCAGGCCAGAACAUCCAGGUCGUCAUGGGAGGCGGCCGGGAGUAUUUCUUGCCGGUCGCAGAAAGCGGCCACGCAUCGAACGAAACAGAAGCGGGACUGCGUACGGACGGCCGGAAUCUAGAACUAGAGUGGCUUCGUCAGAAGCAGGGCCAGGGUGUCAGGCACAAACUCGUGCAAAACACAGCACAGCUGCUCAGCGUCGACACAGCCGAGGUCGACUACGUUCUAGGGUUGUUCGCGUCGCACAAAAUGCCGUAUCACAUGGACAGAGAUGAGGGACCAAAGGGAUCACCAUCGCUGCCAGACAUGGUCGAUGUGGCAAUAAAAAUAUUAAAAAAGAAUCCCAAGGGUUUCUUUUUGUUCGUCGAAAACGAGAAAAUCGACGACGGACAUCACAUGGGCGCCGCCGUCAGAGCUGUGUCCGAAGUGCUGCCGCUAGAGGUCGCUGUUCAGCAGACUAUCAGCAUGACCGACGCGGAAGACACUCUACUCGUUGUCACCGCCGACCAUUCGCAUAACAUGAUCAUGUCCGGAUAUCCGCCGAGAGGAAAUCCUAUAUUCGGACUUGGCGGAGUAUCUAACCGGGACCUAAAACCGUAUACGACACUGCUAUAUGGAUUGUCUCCAGGACGUAGCAUUAGCAAUGGAACCAGAAUAAAUAUAACCGGAGUCGAUACAACCGAUAAAAACUACCUCCAGCAGGCGGUGGCGCCACGAUCGUCAGGUGUGCACGCCGGGGAGGACGUGGCGACUUACGCCACGGGCGCUAUGUCGCAUCUGUUCGUCGGCGUUCGCGAGCAAAGCUACUUGAUGCACGCCAUGGCGUACGCCGCCUGCCUCGGUGAAUACGAGCCCGCCUGUGCCGGAAGACGCUCCGCCGCCCUCUCCUCCCGGCCGGCGAAAAUCACCGAGAUGCAGCCGCCGAUAAAACUCAUAGACGAGCGGAGGGAUGUACUCGAGCUCGACUCCAUGGAAACCACGGAGCAGGAGCCGCCGGGCGUCGCAGAAAUGACAACGCAGCCCGCUGAGACGGAGGCGGAAACUGAAGCGAACCACCAGGGGGCAGCAGCGACCGCUAGUGCAACUCGGUGGCUCGGCAGCGCGCUUCUCAUCACGCUUCUGUCGUUAACCGUUGCAAAUGCCAGCCUCUUGUAAACGAGACGUAAUUGUAGGAUGAAACAGUAGCGAAUGCGGAGAUUCUUUACCCCCAACAUGCUCUUCAUGUGUACGCUUCUUUAUAAUAUAUAGUAGGGUGUAUAGUAGUCACGAGUAUAUUAUACGGAACCACACUAAACUAGCAAGGGUGGGUUCGCGAUGAUGAGAUAACAGUGAGUUGGUUUAUUAGCUAUUUUGACAAACUUUAUCGGGGACGAUUGUGAAUACACCGAAAUAUUAGGCAAACACCAUAAACUAAUCAUGCACGGAUGUGAAGGGUCUUUGACAUACCUGUUCCUCGUAAAUAAACACAUACAACCUAAAUACAACAGGACAAGGACGUCAGUGUCGCGCGAAUGAAAUUAUACUUUCUAUACCACUUGGUCAUAGUGAAUCACUUCAAUCAAUGCACUCGCUUAGUGGAAACGAGUCCUAAUACUCAUCUAGACAUCGCUAUCAGAAUUCACAACGUAAACCCCGCUACUUCAAAUACAUUUGUACACCAGAGACCUCAUGUGCAGUCUUUGGUGAUCAGCUUAUCAGUUGUGUGCAUUCCUCAUUUUCUUCAGCUUUGUAUUGAUCUCUUAGAGAAGCACAUGCGACAGAUCUUCUGGAGCAUUGUGAAACGAUUGCCAUAUGCAAUAUGCAUAUUCGAAAUCUUCUCAAAUUGUCUAAAAAGGGCAUCUAAUUCUCCAGUCUCCAUGCAGAUGGGAAUACUUGGCAUUCACAGGCCAGUCCCAAGACUACACAUAACUUCGAAGCAGCAGCGAACGGACACACUCCGUUGCUUCUAAACUACAAGUGUGCAGUAAUAUUACAUUUAUAUACAUAUAUCUAUAUCUUCACAGUAACAUUGGGCGAAAUUUUUCUGAAGGUAUGUAUGUUUUACAACGAAAUAAACAACU